GUGCACAUUCUUCCACUUACAAGCAGUAUACAUCCCUUCAUCCUCUGCUGUGACAAUCAACACAUCUGUUCAGUGUUUGGAAAGAGAUCAGGACUAGGUGUGUGUGUGUGUGUGUGUGUGUGUGUGUGUUUGUGUGUGUGCGUACAAGCGUGCAUGUGUGUGUGUCAAUGUACGUGUGCAUGAUGCCAGCUCAGAGUGAUCUAACAGACGGCAGUCCAAAUCUGCUUGAACCACUGUUUCAUUUUGUCAAGAGGUCACAGACAGACAGACAGACAUGCAGCUCACUGAGGUUUACUUGUUUCUAAGGUACAUCAUGUCUCUGACAGUAAUGGGCUGCUGCAAACAAAAGGAACCGUCACAAAGCCAAAGCUCACUGGAUUGGAAAAAAAAACAAAAAAAAAAAAACAAGCAUUAGCCCUUUCUUUGAGAACCUUGCUGCUGCUGCUAACAUCUUUAGUUUCAUGUCAGAAUGCAACCCAUGAUUAUUUUCAUUGUUGAUUAAAAUGCUUAACAUUUUCUCCACUAAUUGAUUAAUCAUUUGGGCUAUAAAUAAUCAGAAAACUGAUUAAUGGCCAAUAUAAUGUCUGAGGGCUGGGCGAUAUGACCUUAUCAGUAUAUUUUCCCACAUGAUGAAUCUUGAUAUUUUCAAAUCUCCUCAAAAGCACUUCCUAACUGCUAGGAGUGGGUGACAAAAUGAGACAUAUUAUGCUUUUUUCACCCCUUUUUGGUGUAUGAUAUGGGUUCUUGUGCAUGAUAAACGUCAGUCCACAGCAACAGAAGCUCCUCUCUCCUGCAGGAAACACUGCUCCUGACACGCCUCAUCGGUAGUCCCGCCUUUAACUCUGUGACUUCUUGACAUCACGCUAUGUCACCAUGUCACACGUUCAUGUCAAUUAUUCCCAGCAGCUAGUUUGCAAUGUAAGAAUUGCUUCAGGACAAUUGCUUCAGGAGGAGGGGCCUUAGAGAGAUGGGACUUAAAACAGCUUUUCAUUUGAAGGGGGAAUACAGUGCUGCAGUACUGGACAGUAUGAGGAAACUCUUCAGAGCGUUAAAACAUAUAAACUAGUAAGAGAAAAUAAAUUAUGGACCUGAAUAUUUGCACAAUAUGUCUCCUUUAACACAGACAUUUUUGAUGAUCAUCAGUAAUGAGGAUAUAAAGUAGAACGGUCUGGAAAUUACAUAAUUUUACUGUAAUUCAGCCUUUAAACCAGGCAAAGACAUUAUUGAUAUUGCUUUCCAAAUCAAGAUACAAAGAUAUUCAAAAUGUAGGACAAUAUACAGUCAAUAAUCAUGAUUAUGUUAUGAUAUUGAUAUAUUGCCCAGCCCUGUAUUGUCCUAGCCAUGCAGUGAUAUGUUACUGAAUGUCUCGUUUUGUCUGACUUACUGUCCCAGAUUUUGAAUAUUAAAUGUGUUAUCAUGCAACACCAAGAAACGCUGUGAAUACUCACCUUUGGAAAAAACCUGGUACCAUCAAACGUUCGGUGCCUAAAGACUAGCUCCCGCUAUUAAUCAAUGAUCAGAAUAUUUUGUUUUUACCGAGUUGAUUGAUUACUCAGCUAAUCAGCGCAGCUCUAGCCUCAUGUACCUCUGGGUACAUUUGUUUUUGUGUGUUCACUUUUUGUCGCCAGGCCAAAAUAAGAUGCAUGCGUCUUGCUUGGCACUCAGGAUUGUUCGAGUCUCCCCCAACAUUUCUGACGUUUUAUGGCUUUGAGUUAUUUAAAGGAGUUGCAGGCUUCUCCAGAGAAAGAUUUAAAGAAGAAUAGUCCAAAUCGAAGCAGCCCGAGCCAAGAUAUCCUGAUGGGACAGAUUCCACAUAUACCAGAUACCACAUUACCCAUAAUGCAGCACGAUAUUGUCUCUUGCCUUCCAAAUGCCCAAUUUGUAACACAGGCCUUUGGUUAAAAGUGUCGUCAAACAUCUCUGGCCCAAGGUGAGGUGACCUUGAUGACAUCACUAUGACAUCAUGAGGGCUAUGUUAUUUUAUAUUUAUGUGAAACUCGGUGCAUUGUCCCUUUAACUCACUCAUCGUCAUGAUUCAUUUCAGUUUAACUUUAGAUUUGCGCUUGCACAAGACUGACUGACCAGUAUGUCAUGUGUGAUGCGAGUGAUGACCAUGACCACCACGGCGUACAUGUAUGUGUCAUGCCACAGUAAAGGGAAGUUCAGGUUGUUUUCCACAUGAAGUUUGUUAAAGGAAAUAUUACAGAUGUGUAAAUCCGCACUCAUCGAUUGAGAAACCAAUGCUCAACAACAUCAGAGACUUCUGAAGUAAUCUGACAAAACCGCACCGACAUGAAGUCGAGACAUUAAGUUUGCAUAUAACCUGGUUAUUCUUUUUAUUGAACUUUUUUUUUUUUUUUUUUUUUUAACAAAACUGUUCAUUUCAGAUUGUCAUGUGUCCCCACAGUGUGAUUGAAUUUAAGUGAUGAUGAGGAGAUUGUUUGUGUUGACGAGCACGACUGAGAGGACGAACGUGGGCUCUGUGCUUGAAUCACGGGCCAUGUGAAUAACUGAAAGAGGAAGUGUUUGUGACCCACGAGUUCUCUUCGUCUUGGUUUUUAGACAACAUUUACAUCGCGGAGGUAUUUAAAGAGACCUGCAGAUGCUCCCUGGGUGUCACGGGGUGCACCAGCGCGCCCUUGCGCGUGAAGUCGUCGGUGUGUCCAAAGUGCCGCAUUGAGCAGAAAGUCUUUUGUUGGGGCAUUUGAUUAUUCCGCUGAAAGCUAAACCGGUUCAGCUGACCAGCGUGGGGGCCCGGCUUGGCAUAAUCCACCACAUUGCGUUUAUUAUAUGAUUUAUUAUUGAAGGAGGAAUUUUCUUUUCUUUUCUUUUCUUUCCUUUCUUUUUUCUUUCUUUCUUUCUUUCUUUUUUUUUUUGGAGAUGUCCAGACCAAGGUUGAACUGUGUCUUUGCUCAACGUCUGUUAGUGUAACUAUUUGCAUAAUGUAUUUGUAAAUAUGACAACGACAGAUCUCUAAUUGUGAAUAAAAACAGUUUUAUCACAGGAGUCAAUCAGUCAUGGAGCCGUUUGUGCCUGCUGGUCGGUCUCUCUCAGUCUGCAGGCGGCUUUGUUACGCAGCGGGACAUUUUCUCAACGACCUGUGCGCCUCUAUGUGGUUCACUUACCUGCUGGUCUACCUGCACUCCGUGCUCGGCUUCCAGAGCACCUAUGCAGGCGUGCUGCUGCUCAUUGGUCAAAUAGCGGACGGGGUGUGUACGCCGCUGGUUGGAUAUGAAUCCGAUAAAACACCGGGCAUCUCCUGUGGCAAGAGAAAAACCUGGCAUCUACUGGGAACUGUUUGUGUUCUUGUGUCUUUCCCCUUCAUCUUCAACCCCUGCCUGGCCUGCAGCGACGACACUCCUCAGUGGGCCCAGCUUGUUUACUUUUCACCCUUCGUCAUCAUCUUCCAGUUCGGCUGGGCGGCCACUCAGAUCUCGCACCUGUCCCUCAUCCCGGAGCUGGUGUCCGAGGACAGCGACAGGGUGGAGCUCACGGCGUACAGGUAUGCCUUCACUGUGGUGGCCAAUAUCACAGUGUACACUGUGGCCUGGCUGCUCUUUCACUUCCAGGCUCAGCACUCUGUGGACCCCUCCAUCACAGACAACCUGGGCCAGGUGGACAUCCCUCUGUUCAGGACACUGGCUCUCAUCAUGCUGGGAACUGGAGCUUUAUUGUCCUUCAUAUUCCAUGUGGGCACAAAAGAGGAUACGUCAGCCUCAGAGAGUGACAAUGAACGGAUCAGACCGUCCUCCUCACAGGAGGCUUUGUCUCGUCCUGUGUUUCAGUGGAAACACUGGCUGAAGGAGCCCUCCUUCUACCAGAUGGCUUUCCUCUACAUGUGCACCAGACUGAUAGUCAACUUAUCUCAGACCUACAUCUCAGUUUACCUCACCAACUCACUGAUGCUACCAAAGAACUUCAUUGCCAUCAUUCCUCUGGUGAUGUAUGUCAGCGGCUUUGUUUGCUCCAUGGCCAUGAAACCAGUCAGCAAGCUCAUAGGAAUCAGCAUUACCUAUUUGAUCGGCCUGCUGCUGGUGCUUGGUUUUGCAACAUGAGCUGAGAGCAUCUAUGGAGCAGCGGUGCUGCUGGGAGCCGGAUCAGCUAUAAUCCUGGUCAUGUCUCUGUCCAUGACAGCAACACUCAUUGGGGAGCAGACGCAGUGUGGAGCCUUUGUAUAUGGGUCGAUGAGCUUCACAGACAAAGUGGCCAACGGGGUGGGAGUCAUCCUCAUCCAGAGCACCCAGCCCUGCAGCACAGAGGCCUGCUGCCCAGCCUGUGUGUGGUUCUAUCGUGACGUCAUGGUCACAGUAACUGGUGGCGUCGCCGUGGCUGCUGCACUUUGCUUGUUCACCAUUCUAAUCAGGCCCAUCAGGAUACGGAAAAUUUAAGGGUAUUCAUACCUGUCAGUACUCAUAGUGUCUGCACGUGCACCGAAAACAACCACAGGACUGUUAGAGACAGGUGUGUUUUGGAUUUCUGUCUGAAUGUAGCUUUUUUUCUGUUUACAUCCACUGUUUGUGUAUCUGGACACAGACCACACUUUUAUUAAAGCUACUCAAUGAUCAUGCCUUACUCAGUAAAUCUUUCAAAAUACAUGGACAAAAUUUGCUAAAUAUUUUGCCUUUCCCGUUGGACAAGGGAAUUGGUGCAGAGGAUGAAGCCAUGCUACCACCUAGUGUAUGAAUUUGUUACUACACUGCUGUCCUGAAGCAGAUUCUUUCAUGCUUACCAGAUGUUUCUGCACUCUGAUUCUCACUCAUCAUUGCUCAGUUUAAAAGAAAAAUGAUCAGUUUUUAAAUUGGGAUAUAUUCAUGUAUAGAUAUACAUGAGAUGCAUGACUGUGAUAUGACAUGACCCUCUGCUGUGAAUAAUGCCAAAUGUUUUGGUUCACCUGGCAGCAAUUGUGGCGCCAGUCCAAGGAAGUGAACUGGGUGAACUUGACUCCUCUUGUGAGACUUACACACUCUCUCUCUCUCUUUCUGUGUGUGUGUGUGUGUGUGUGUGUGUGUGUGUGUGUGUGUGUGUGUGUGUGUGUGUGUGUGUGUGAGAGAGAGAGAGAGAGAGAGAGAGAGAGAGAGAGAGAGAGAGAGAGAGAGAGAGAGAGAGAGAGAGAGAGUGGGAACAAAGGCUAAUAGUUGCCCGAUCAUUAUUAGGCUAUUUGUAUCACUCACUUUGAUCAUAAUCUGUACUCUGAAAGAAUAAUAACCCAACACUGGUUUGUUGGAAAGGAAACUUAAACAUACUGAAUCUGACUGACAGAUCAGAACCAGAACAAAACUGGAUUUUCUUUGGUUAUUGUAUACAUUGUUCUAUAAUGUUGCAUUCCCUUGAAAAGCAUCAUUAAUAAAUGAUAACACAAUG